UGGAGUUCAUGAAAAGCUGGAAAUGAAAGUGCUGCAUGUUCAGGAUGUGAUAAUGACUGGUGCAUGGCGACGUUGACUGGCUUCUGGUAAACCAAUGAGACUCUGAUUGAGGCGACAGGUAGUUAAUGAGUUACAGGCGAGAGGUUCAACCUUCAGCAGACAUUUGUUCAGCUCUGACUGUGUGAUUCACAAGAGCAACACAUAUCGGCGUUUGUUUAUUAUACUGGCAGGACUGGAUAACAGGACUUUGUGGAGGCUUUUACUUUUUGUGUAGAGACUGUUUUAUUUGUUGGGACUGAAGCAGGAGGCUGCUAUGGCUGACGAACGCUCUCAGCCCCCGGCCAGUGGCUCGGUUGCUAAAAUGGACCAGGUUCAGAGUCAGGUGAACGAGGUUAAGGUUAUUCUGAAAGACAACAUCAGCAAAGUGCUGGAGAGAGGGGACAGAUUAGACGAUCUGAUCGGCAAGACUGACGACCUGCAGGCGUCUGCUGACUCGUUCCAAAGAACUUCCACACGUGUUGCCAGGAAAUACUGGUGGAAAAACAUUAAAAUGAUGAUUAUAAUCGGUGUGAUUGUGCUGAUCAUCGUUGUCCUCAUCAUCCUCUUCACCACAAAUGUGAUUUAAAUCCUCAAAUAUCCUCCUUCACCAGCUCAGGACUGAAAGCAAUGAAAACGGGGGAUAAAGCUCACCUCUUUUAUUGAGCAUUUCAGCAUUUAAUGCACUCAUGAAAGUCUACUUUCAUUUCAGCAGAUAUUUCAAGACAUAUUUAUGUAAACUUUAAGGGUACAUGAUUUUGUAGCAUCUGCAGGCUUUUUGAUUAAGACUCUGUUAUAAAGCGUAUAAUAAGAAGUUCAAAUUGAGACUGAGGGCUUAAAUUGCUACACACUUGACUGAAAUACUUCCUUGAACACUCCAACAUUCAUUUAAAUGUGACGUAAUGUUAAUAUUUCACAAAGGAUCACAAAUACAAAUGAGUGUUAUUAUUUUUAUUUUUAUCGCAUAUGUCCAAUUACCUGUAUAUAUACUGUGUGUGUAUGACUGUCAAACCCUAUAAUAACAUAUGUAUUAUAUGACUGAUGAUUAUGAUAAAGAGGAUACACUUGCUACCACGA